GAGACGUAGAGCAGCCCGUUCAGAGCUGCUGGAUCGGCGACGCAGCGAAAGCGGACUAAUUACUUUAACCCUCUGUGUGCGGACCUGACUUCUUACAGCAUAAUCAUUUGAUCAACUUUAUGUCGCUAUCCCGUAGCUGCGUGAUUUCUUGGGACUUUUACCAUUGUGUGAAUUUUUAAUGGAUGAAUUAUUGCUAACUCUUUGAAGAGAACUGUUGGAACAGACGUCCACUGGAAUGGGGAAUUACAAUUUUUGGAUAUUAAUGUGGAUUUUACUCCUGGCGCAGAAUUGCGAAGGUCUUCGCUGCGUGGACAGACCGUGUGAAAAUGGAGGCACCUGCGUGGACUCUCCCGCACGAUGCGUGUGUCGGCUGGGCUACUUGGGGCCACUGUGUCAGUACCUGGACCCCUGUCACCACUCCCCGUGUCUCAAUGGAGCGGCCUGCAAGAGCCAGAUGGCCAACGGGGCACCCCAGGCCACCUGCAUCUGCCAGAGAGGCUUCAGAGGUCAGGACUGCUCUCUGAUCGAUGCCUGUGUCACUAACCCAUGUGCCAACGGUGCCCGCUGUACCAACUGGAACAACCGCUACAACUGCUCCUGCCCGCCAGGGUACCAGGGCAAGAACUGCCGCAACGACAUCGAUGAGUGCCGCAAGGCGGGCGUGUGUCUGAACAGAGGGGUGUGUGUGAACACGCCCGGCUCCUUCCGCUGCCAGUGCCAGCCCGGCUACAGCGGCCGCGUCUGUGAGGCGGCAUCCCUGCCCUGUGCCCCCUCACAGUGCCUCAACGGGGGCACCUGCCACCAGACCAGCGAGCUCACCUACGAGUGUGCCUGUCUGCCAGGGUUUGAAGGACACAACUGUGAGAUCAACGUUGAUGACUGUCCAGGACACAAGUGCAUGAACGGCGGCCUGUGUGUGGACGGGGUCAACACCUACAACUGCCAGUGCCCACCUGAGUGGACAGGUCAGUACUGUGCGGAGGAUGUGAAUGAGUGUCUGAUGCAGCCGAACGCCUGUCACAACGGCGGCACCUGCUUUAACACCAUUGGCGGGCACACCUGUGUGUGUGUGAACGGCUGGAUCGGAGACGACUGCAGCGAAAACAUCGACGACUGCGCCACAGCCGUCUGCUUCAACGGCGCCACCUGCCACGACCGCAUCGCCUCCUUCUUCUGUGAAUGUCCCACGGGCAAGACAGGCCUGCUGUGCCACCUGGAUGACGCCUGUGUUAGUAACCCCUGCAACGAGGGCGCUGUUUGUGACACCAAUCCGCUGAACGGGCGGGCCAUCUGCACUUGCCCUGCAGGCUUCGUGGGUGGAGCAUGCAACCAGGACAUGGAUGAAUGCUCCAUAGGUGCUAACCCGUGUGAACACUUUGGGAAGUGUGUGAACACAGAGGGCUCGUUCCAGUGCCAGUGUGGGCGGGGCUACACAGGACCCCGCUGUGAGAUUGACAUUAACGAGUGUGUGUCCAUGCCCUGCCUGAAUGACGCCACCUGCCUGGACCGCAUUGGAGAGUUCACCUGCAUCUGCAUGCCAGGGUACAUGGGAACAUACUGCGAGGUGGACAUAGAUGAGUGUGAGAGUAACCCCUGUGUCAACAACGGCAUCUGCAAAGACACAGUCAACGGAUUCACCUGCACCUGCCCACCAGGAUUUGCGGGCCCCAUGUGUCAGAUAGACAUUGAUGAGUGUGCAAGCACACCCUGCCGAAACGGAGCCAAGUGCUUUGACCGGCCCAACGGGUACGAGUGUCGCUGCGCAGAAGGGUUCGAGGGCACUCUGUGUGAGAGUAACAUUGAUAACUGCAAGCCGGACCCAUGUCAUCAUGGCACCUGUGUGGACGGCAUUGCCAGCUACAGCUGCACCUGCGACCCGGGUUACACCGGCUACCGCUGCGAGAACCAGCUCAACGAGUGCCACAGCAACCCCUGCCACAACGGGGGCAAGUGUGUCGACCUCGUCAACAAGUACCUCUGCCAGUGCCAGCACGGGACGUCCGGCACCAACUGCGAGAUCAACUUUGAUGACUGCGCCAGCAACCCCUGUGACUACGGCAUCUGCAAGGAUGGGAUCAACCGCUACGACUGCCUCUGCAAACCAGGGUUCACUGGUCCCCUGUGUAACGUGGAGAUAGACGAGUGCGCCUCGAACCCGUGCCGUAACGGGGGGACGUGUGUGGAUGAGGAGAACGGCUUCCACUGCCAGUGCCCGGAGGGGCUGCGCCACCCUCUGUGCUACUCGGAGCUGGAGCAGUGUAGCAGCAGCCCCUGCCUGCACGGCACCUGCCGUGACAACGCCGCCGGGUACAGGUGUGAGUGUGAACCUGGCUGGACGGGGGUGAACUGUGACGUGGACCGAAAUGACUGCCAGUCGGCCCCCUGCCAACAUGGGGGCAGCUGCAUGGACCAGCUGAACGGGUUCAGCUGCAGGUGCCGAGAGGGCUUCAGAGGUGUGGUCUGUCAGGUGAACAUUAAUGACUGCGCAUCGAGCCCGUGUCUGAAUCAGGGCACCUGUGUGGACGGGGUGGCCAGCUUCACCUGCCUGUGUGAGCUGCCGUUCAGCGGACCCACCUGCACAGAUGUGCUCACACCCUGCUCCCCCAACCCCUGCGACAACCACGGCACCUGCAGCCACACCCCCGACUACCUGGGCUUCCAGUGCAGCUGCCAGCCUGGAUGGCAAGGUCAGCGGUGUAACAUCGACAUAAACGAGUGCGCAGCCAAUCCCUGUAAGAACCGCGCCGCUUGCACCAACACACUGGGCGGCUAUGUAUGCACCUGUCCUGCUGGCUUCACCGGGGCCAACUGUGAGACUGACAUCAACGACUGCAGCCCGAACCCGUGUCUGAGUGGUGGCUCCUGUACGGAUGGGGUGAACUCCUUCCGGUGCAGCUGCCUUCCAGGCUUCACAGGGCCACGCUGCACUGUGGAGGUGAAUGAGUGUCAGAGCGCCCCCUGCAGGAACGGAGGCACAUGCACAGACUACGUCAACAGCUACACCUGCACCUGCAAGCCUGGCUUUACUGGCAUCCACUGUGAGACGAACAUCCCAGACUGCACCGAGAGCUCCUGCUUUAACGGAGGCACCUGUAUUGAUAAGAUCAAUGGUUUCUCCUGCACCUGCCGGCCCGGCUUCAGCGGCUCGCACUGCCAGCACCAGCUCAGCGAGUGUCGCUCGCGGCCCUGCCUGAACGGGGGCGUGUGUGUGGGCGGGGACGCCCCACGCUGCAUCUGUCCCAGGGGCUACACCGGCGCCCUGUGCCAGGUGGCAGUGGACUGGUGCAGAGUGUCCUCUCCCUGUAAGAACGGGGGGCGUUGUCGUCAGCAGGACGCAUCCUUCGUCUGUGAUUGUGUGGGUGGCUGGUCGGGCCGCUACUGUGACAUUCCAGGGGUGUCCUGCGAGAUGGCCGCUGUGCAGAGAGGGCUCAGGAUUGACCAGCUGUGUCACCAUGGUGGUCACUGUGUGAACACAGGGAACACUCACUACUGCAAGUGUCCCUCAGACUACACUGGCAGCUACUGCGAGAGCCAGGUGGACCACUGCGAGGACAAACCUUGCCUCAACGGUGCCACCUGCAGGGCCUAUGUGGGCGGCUACACCUGUGAGUGCUUGACGGGGUACCAGGGAGUGAACUGCGAGUCUGAGAUAAAUGAGUGCCAGUCCCAGCCCUGUCAGAACGGGGGCAGCUGCAUCGACCUGGUGGGACACUACGUCUGCUCCUGCCCGCCUGGCACCCUGGGGGUUCUCUGUGAGAUCAAUGAGGAUGACUGCAAUCCUCCUGGCAGGCUCCAGGGGGCACCAAAGUGCCUGAACAAUGGGACGUGUGUGGACCGCGUGGGGGGGUAUCACUGUAACUGCCCCCCGGGCUUCACAGGCGAGCGCUGUGAGGGGGAUAUCAACGAGUGCCACUCCAACCCCUGCAGCCCAGCCAGCAGCCUGGACUGCAUUCAGCUCCCCAACGACUACCAGUGUGUCUGCAAGCCUGGCUUUACAGGUCGAAGAUGCCAGAGUAGGUCCAGUGUGUGUGAAUCUCAUCCGUGUCUGAAUGGAGGUGUGUGCUCUGUGUCUCCGAGCUCCACACAGGGGUACACCUGCACCUGCCUGCCUGGCUACGCUGGGCCUACCUGUGAGCGGAGCCUGCUGUCCUGCCGGGAGCUUUCCUGCUACAACGGGGGCAGCUGCAUGCAGACGGUACGGGGCCCGCGCUGCACCUGCGCCCCAGGCUUCGCCGGGCCCGACUGCCACCACCGCAGCACGGAGGGCUGUGCUGCUCAGCCCUGCCGAAACGGAGGCGUGUGCACCGAGGAGGCCAGCUUCCCCUUCUUCCGCUGCCAGUGUCCGAGCGGCCGGUCCGGCAAGCGCUGCGAGCAGGUGCGCGCCCCCCCACCCCGUCCCACCGAGUCCCCAUGCCCGCUCUCAGACUGCCACGGCAAGGCCAACGACGGCGUCUGUGACAAGGAGUGCAACACGUUCCCCUGCGGCUGGGACGGGGGGGACUGCUCGCUGGCUGUGAACCCCUGGGCCCGCUGCAGCAACCCAGACUGCUGGCAUCUCUUCAACAACAGCCUGUGUGACGAGGACUGCGACACACCCGACUGUCUCUACGACAACUUCGACUGCAAAAGCCCAGAGAAGACCUGCAACCCGAUCUAUGAGCAGUACUGCAUUGACCACUACGCGGACGGCCGCUGUGACCAGGGCUGCAACACGCAGGAGUGUGGCUGGGACGGGCUGGACUGUGCAGGGAAGGUUCCAGAAGAGCUGGCGGAGGGGGUGCUGGUGAUCGUGGUGCUGCUGCCGCCGGAGGAGCUGCUGCGCACGGGCUCCGCCUUCCUGCAGAAGCUGAGCGCCAUCCUGCGCACCACGCUGCGCUUCCGCCUCGACCGCAACGGCAAGGCCAUGAUCCUGCCCUACACCCGGCGGGAGGCCCGGGGGCGCCGCGAGCUCCACCCCCAGCAGGAGGUCAUCGGGUCCAUCGUCUACCUGGAGAUCGACAACAGGCUGUGCUCGCAGGACUCCGGAGACUGCUUCCCCACCGCCGACAGCGCCGCAGACUACCUGGGCGCCCUGUCCGCCACCGAGAUCCUGCGCUUCCCCUACCCCAUCAAGCAAGUCCGCAGUGAGAAGAUCCCCCCUCUGGAGCCCAUCCCGGACUGGGGCAAGCUGCUGCUGGUGGGCGUGGCUGCGCUGCUGCUGCUGGUCAUCCUGGGGGCGGGGAUGCUGAUCGCCAGGCGCAAACGCGAGCACAGCACCCUGUGGUUCCCCGAGGGCUUCUCCCUCAAGAAGGAGACCAGCAGCAACAAGAACCGCAGGGAGCCUGUGGGCCAGGAUGCACUGGGCAUGAAACACAUGCCAAAGACCGUGGAGGAGUCUCUGCUGGGAGAACACAGUGAGCAGUGGCUGGACGCAGACUGCCCCGAGGCCAAGAGGCUGAAGGUGGAGGAGCCGAGUAUGCUGUCGGACAGCGAGGAUGCGGUGGACAGCAGACAGUGGACUCAGCACCACCUGGCGGCCGCAGAUAUCCGCGUGCCCCCCUCCAUGGCCCUCACCCCCCCCCAGGGAGAGUUCGACAGUGACUGCAUGGACGUGAACGUGCGCGGGCCAGACGGCUUCACUCCCCUGAUGCUGGCCUCCUUCUGUGGGGGCGGCCUGGAGCCCGACCUGCCUGAGGACGAGGAUGCCGAGGAGUCGUCCGCCAACAUCAUCUCUGACCUCAUCUACCAGGGGGCGUCGCUGUCCGCCCAGACCGACCGCACGGGUGAGACCCCUCUGCACCUCGCCGCCCGGUACGCCCGAGCUGACGCCGCCAAGAGGCUGCUGGACGCCGGGGCAGAUGCCAACGCCCAGGACAACACCGGCCGCACACCCCUGCACGCUGCCGUGGCAGCCGACGCCCAGGGAGUCUUCCAGAUCCUCAUUCGCACUCGUGCCACUGAUCUGGACUCUCGCAUGUACGACGGCUCCACGGCGCUCAUCCUGGCUGCUCGCCUGGCGGUGGAGGGCAUGGUGGAGGAGCUGAUCACCUGCCACGCUGACGUCAAUGCUGUGGACGAGCUCGGUAAGUCUGCCCUGCACUGGGCAGCAGCGGUCAACAAUGUGGAAGCCACAGUUGCUCUGCUGAAGAACGGAGCCAACAAAGACAUGCAAGAUCUGAAGGAGGAGACUCCCUUGUUCCUGGCUGCUCGGGAGGGCAGCUGUGAGGCGGUGAAGGUUCUGCUGAGUCACUUUGCGAAUCGUGAGAUCACAGACCACAUGGAUCGGCUGCCGCGAGACAUCGCCCAGGAGCGCAUGCACCACGACAUCGUGCAGCUGCUGGACGAGUACAACACCGUGCGUAGCCCCCAGCACCACGCCCUGUCCCCGCUCAUCUGCCCCCCUGGCGUCUUCAUGCCCGGCCUCAAGCAGACCCCCCAGGGCAAGAAGAGCCGCCGCCCAGGCACUAAGGGGGGCGUGGCCGGCCCACACGCCGCUGGCCUAAAGGAGGCCGCCAAAUCCCGCAGCAAGAAGCUGACGCUGGACAUGCAGAGCUCACUGCUGGAGAGCUCGGUCACGCUGUCCCCUGUCGACUCGCUGGACUCGCCCCGCGGCGGCGCCAGCAACGCCGGCUACGUCACCAACCCCGCGUCUCCGGCAGCCAUGCCCUCCCCUGGCCUCUUCCACCCCUCGCUGUCCGUGCCUGGCACUCCCAUGGUGCACGGCAGGAUGGAGGGCGUCGGUCCCUUCGCCGUGUCUCUCGCCCAGCUGGGUGACCUGGCCGAGGCCGGGCUCCCCAUUGGCCAGCCCAUGCAGGGCCACGCCCCCAUGUCGGCGGGGGCGGGUGUGGCCCCAGGGCCGCCCGGGUACGUGCUGAACACGCUGAACCUGGGCAUGGUGAACCCGGUCAGCGUGCCCUUCGACUGGCACGCCCACAUGCCGCCCUCAUCCCAGUGCAGUCAGCAGGUCGUCGGCCUGGUGCACCCCAUCAGCAGCCAGGCCAGCCUGCACCCCCAGAGCCCCGCCCUCCAGCAGCAGCACAGCCUGCUCCAGCAGCAGCUGUUCCACAGCUCCCAGCAGCCCCUGCUGCAGCCCACCCCUGUCUCUGCCCCCCAGUCCCUCAGCCCCACCCACCUGCCCACCAUCCCCGAGCAGCAGCAGCAGCAGCUCCAUGGCCACGCCCUGCCCUCUCAGCAGAGCAUGCCCCCAAUGGGCUGCUCCACUCCUCCCACCCCCCAGCAGACACAGCCUCCCCCCGCCUUCUUCAAACAGCAGCAGCCCCCCCAGCCAGCCCAGGCGCAAGCCCCACCCCCCCAGCCCCUGCAGGCCCCGCCCCCACAGGCCGCCAGCAGCAGCGCAGGGCUGGAGGAUUACCCCACCCCUCCCUCUCAGCACAGCUACAGCUCCACCUUGGAUGCCACGCCCAAGCAUUACAUACACCUGCCCAGCGAGCACCCCUACCUGACCCCCUCCCCCGAGUCCCCUGAGCCCUGGUCCAGCCCCUCCCCCCACUGCGUGUCCGACUGGUCAGACUCCACCCCCAGUCCCGCGAUCGCCGGCCCCACCCAAACCCAGAUCCCCCACACCCAGGAGUCCAAGGGGAAGAUGCAGGUAUUUGCGUGAAGAGCCCACACACCUGCAGAGCAGAAGGAACGGAGAGUUAGCCUGGCGUUUCUACCCUUCCUGCCUUUGCUCUGAGUUUCACUGAGUGCUUGUUUUCUGUGCAAGGGACCAGUAAGGUAAAACAGUAAAGGGAAAUGUUUGUUGUCUUAAAAAGAAGACAAAUUAAUGAAGUAAGACAUUUACUGUCGGCAAUGGACUUUUUUUGUAACAAAGACGAAAAAGGAAGUCUUUAAUUUCAGAGACUGGGGAUGCUGUCCUGACACUCACCACAUUUCAGAAGCAGAAGCAGGCCCUGUUUUUCUUUCUAUUUAUUUUAUUCUCUGGGUGGCUUUCAGGUGUCUCCUCCCUCUCUGUCUCCACCUCACCCAAUCACAUCACUGUGCACACUGCAUACUUGCCUCUGAUUGGCUCAGACCCAUUACAUGGUCUCCCUGAGCCAAUCGGAGGCCAGUGUCUGUUGUAUGGUAAAGACCCUGCCUUGCAGCCAGUCGAAAUUGAUUCUCUGAUUGGUCCAGAUUACUGUGGAAGCCCUGAUGUUAGUUCUACCUCUGAAUGUCUGUGGCUCAGAAUAUGACAGGCAGUGUGAGACAUUUUGCCUUCUUGGACUGAUUUUAUGUAUACAGGCCAGAGAAAAUAAGGAAUACAAAAGGUUGUGAUAUAGAGAACCUGUGAAAGUGUCCAACGGUGCUGCAGUUUUGUAAUGACUUAAUGAUUUUUUAAAGUGAUUUGACACAUUCCACACAGGUGUGCUGUAAAGGGCAUUUCCUAAGCACUUCCAGGGGCGUGCAGUAGAGGGCACCAGUGAGCUGCCAUUCCAACACUGCUAACACAGAGCAGCCAUUACCAGGUGGCAUACCAUCUCUACCACAGGAUUGGCCAGUAUAGCUCAACUAAACCACCUCUGCUUGAAAUGUGCAAAUCAGAUUUACCUUUAGCCCGGAGGCUGUUAGAAGGGUCUGCUCUUUGAGGUGCACUCGCGGGACAGCCCAGGGGGUCUCCCUUGCCCUCCAAGCCCCACGGCUGGAGAGCCUCUGUCCCACUGGAGAAUUAUGGGGGGAAUUACAAUAUACAUUUUGGCAUGACAUUUUGCCAGGUCACUUCCCUGUUACACUUUUGUAUGUUUUGUUUGAAGCUGAAACCAUGGUUACAUAAAGAAUGUCACUAUGGUGGACUAAGCUAUGUUGAUUGGCUGCUGCUUACUGUCACUUAUGAGUGACACCUGUCACUCACACACAGACACACACACACACACACACACACACACACACA